AUGCGUCAACAUUCGCGACCAGGAGCGCCUCCUCCCACACCACCGGAGCCUCACCCAUCGACUUUGCUCUUGCCUGCGCCUGGAACGAAGUUUCUCGUUAACCCCCUACCUCUACAUCCAUUAAGGGAUUCCAUACAUCAGGCCCAUCUCCGCGGGCCGAUCAAUAAGCUAGUCAGACAAGACUCUUCAGGCCAGGUUCAAGAGACAACGCUAUUUCAGUAUCAGGAUUCAUUUGCGCUCCCGCCAAUACCACUAGGCCGCUUUCAAUGUCAAUUCCACUGGACUAUAAACUUAACACAAGAGGCCGCGGAUCGCCUUCCAGAUCCGUCGCAAAUGAAGUCUGGUGGACUUCCACAUUCUGUGCGCAUGUUGAUGGACAGUCAGCAGCUCUAUCGGAUGCGUUGUAUAUCUAUCUCGUCCGCCACCAAAUUCCCCCUCAAUGAAUCAGCUUGGACUCAGUCUGAGAGCGUCUGGCCCAGCGUGAUCUAUAUUUUCGUCAAUGACACAGAACUUUUCGUACGUCGGAAGUAUCAUGCCCAUAAAGACAUACCUCUCGACAUUACCCCGCAUUUGCGUGUGGGCGAGAACAGGAUCUCAUUUCAUUUCAUCCGCGAUGCGGCCGAGCAGAAAGAUAAAUUGUACGCCCUCGCCGUGGAGAUGGCUCAGAUUGCUGCUCUUGAGCCUGCCAUGGCGCUUGCACAGACGCUCCCAGCGGCUGUGUCCCGUCGUCAAAUUCAGCAACGUCUUCAGCCAUCCACCCGCAAUGACGGCGAUUACGACGACCUUCACGUGGUUAGUAAUGACCUUGUCAUUAGUCUUGCCGACCCCUUCACUGCGCGAACGAUCCAACAACCCGUCCGUGGACGGUUUUGCCUUCACUCCGAGUGUUUUGACCACGAGACAUUCAUACGCACCCAGGCUGCCGUCUCUGGUUCGCGUCCUUUUUCCAAUGGCUGGCGCUGCCCGAUCUGUAAGGGUGACGCCCGUCCCCAGAUGUUGCUGCGCGACGAGUUCAUGGUUGACGUGCGCAAGGAAUUAGUGCGCACGAACAAACUUGCAGACGCCCGCGCCAUUCGAGUUGCUCUUGAUGGUUCUUGGACGGUGGUCACUGACACAGAUCUUCCGACCUCGAAACGCUCCUCUGGAGGCCUGGAUAGUCCGGCCCCAAAGAGACAAAAGGUCGGUCACCCGAACUUCAUCUGUGAUGACAACGGAUGAAACCCAGACCUGAGAGAAUUAUGCUUUUCUCUUCUUUUUUCUUUCUUUAUUUCCCUUCUUCCUUCCUUUCUUUUCUUACUUUUUCCUACGUUUCUUUCCGUAUUGCCCCUUUAACUCAAAAAUUAUCUCAUGCAUCUGGCGUUCAUGUCAAUCGCAUUAAUGCUCUACGAUACCCCAAUACCUGUUACUCAAUGCCGUGUUUGUAUUUCCCAAGGAAAGUGGAGUCGGCUUCUCGGGUCGGUGGACAUGGCGCUGUUUCAUUUGGUC